ACUGAGCGUCGUGCAGGACAUCUGCUGUCUGCACAGAGCAGAACACAGAGGAGACACCACCAGACCCAACUGCCUCCAAACGCUGCAGAUGACUGAAGAGUAAAAAAAAACAACAGGAGAAUAUUAAGGAUUUUAAAAAAUUCACUGCAUCUUUCAAAAUGUCUGGGAGGAGGAAUCCUGAAGAGCUGUGAUUGAGGGAGGGAUCUUGGCUCCUGCAGCCAUUUCCCCUGCAGGGCUGAGAGCUCUUGGCUGGCUCGACACUUCCUCAGCAGAGGGGGCUGCUGGCAGGGGCAACAUCUGAGCAGGUCAUGAAGCCCCAAGAGGCCGAGCUCGUCUCCGAGAUCUCCAAGUUACAAUGCAUGGUGUCGGAGCUGAAGACGGGCUUCACCAGCGCCCUGAUGGAGCUCAGUCAGAUCCAACAUGGAGACACGUUCCUCAGGGAGGAGCUGGAGGAGAACCGGAGGAGCUGCCAGAAGAAGGCUCUCCGCCUGGAGGCGCUGGUCGAGUCGCUGAGGGAAGAGCUCGGUGUGAUGCAGUGUCACAUCGUGCAGCUGCACAGUAACACACAGAAAGCUCAGCAGGACGGAAAGAGCUCCACGUCAAAACACAGAAAAAGCCGUGAGGCAGCAGCGGAGGCGACCGCUGGACGGAGUCGACGUGAGUGCGAGUGUUCGUCGACUCCGCCUGUCGCCUGUUUGUCCCGGGGGAAGCUGCUGCUGCACUGCUUCCUGCAGGGGCUCAAGGCAGGACUGAGCGAGGGCACAGACGCUCGACAUCAGGUGGCGAUGCAGCUGCUGCACUCGGAGUGGGAGUACGUCUCCACCUUGAACCAGCUCUACGACAAAUACAAGACGCCGCCCGCUCACCAGAUGACCGUGGAGCCGUAUCAGACGUAUCAGAAGUUUGUGGAGCAGCUGUUACAGCGACACCUUCUCUUCAGAAACACGCUGCAGGAGCGACUGUCGGCCGAACACUGGAAGUCUCUGGUCGGAGACAUCCUGGUGCAGCUGAUCGGCCAAAAUGACACAGCGUUUUCAGACAUGUACCUCGGAUACACGACGACCCUGGCGUCCUUCCUCUCGCUGGAGUUCAACCGUCUCAAUCAAAUGGAGAAAGGCCACAAAGUGCAGGGCGGCCACACGGAGACGGAGGAGAUGAAGCUGCUCUCCCUGCUGCUGGCGCCCGUCUCUCGGAUACACAGCUACCUGACUCACAUCCAGAGCUUGCUGCAGUGGACGGGUAAGGAGCAUCCCGACUGCAGCCUCCUCCUGGGCACCGAGCGAGCGCUGAGGGGGACUCUGUCUCGCUGUCAUGUGAUCCUGGAGGAGGACGUCCGAUGGGGAGAGGGAGGAGGUCAAAGCAGCUGCUCUGAAGCUGUGGCCGGUGCUUCAUCCUCUGAGUCUGCAAACUGCUGCAGCAGAGAUGAACAGAGCAGAGAGUCUCAGGGAGCAAGAGACGAGUCCAGCUCUGCUGCUCACAGAGACAAGCAACACGCCGCCCGCCUCACGAACGGCGUGGACGUCCACCACGGGAUGCGUGUGGAGUGCUGGUCCUGCAGCCCGGUGAGGAGGAGGAAGGGCUGCGAACGAGGCCGCCAGCCGGCCCGGGACUGUGGACACGCCAGCUGCUGCUGCCGCUCCCUCCUCACGCCGGACGCCGCGGGACGGGGGGAGAACAGCGACUCGGGCCAGGGCACCUUCAGCCAGCCCACGGGCAGAGGCACCACCGAGCUGGACGCAGCCCUGGAGGGCCGCAGCCUGGAGGGCCGCAGCCUGGAGGACGGUGAGACCGACCCGGACGACACCUCGGCCUUCGACUUCUCCUCCGUCACCUCCUGCAGCCCCGACGGCACCCUGCGCAGGGACACGCCGGGCAGCAACAGCGGGGAGGAUGAAGAGGAUGAGGAGGAUGAGGAGGAGGAGGAGGAGGAGGAGGAGGACAGCCAGGUGCCGGUGCUGUUAAAGCCAUCGUACAGUCACCAGCAGCAGCAGCAGCAGCAGCAGCAGUCGUCUCCCAGGGAGAGAACUGUGUGUCUGAGGUGGCAGAUCCCCAGAUCGACCCCUCACCCUCCUCUGAGGACCGCGGCGGGGUCGUCCCACGGGAAGAGGCUGGUCAGCGUCAGGAGAGGCUCGCCGCCUCCACACCUGAAAAGUGCCUUCAGGCCCAUCUGGGACGACCCGUCCAAACAGGUCGACUCGGCUCCAGAGAAAGAAAACAGACAAGGCUUCGUACCCAUCCAGGCUCCGACGAGGCAGAACUUUCACAAUUUCAACCCGAGCAGAGAAAACCUGAGACCAGGUCCGGCUCAGCAGCGCGGGAACCCCACGGCGGCGACGCUGUGGGACGACAGCGAGGACAGCGAGGGGCCCUGCAGCACCGUUUGACCCCCGGCGUCCUCCUCAAGAGACACGAGGACUAAACACUAAAACACAAAACACUGUUGCACACACGCCUCUUUAAGUUACGACAAAAUGUGUGACUGAGGAGUUUUUCUCGUCUUUUCCACGACACAAAGAAUAAUGCAUGAAUGAAAAGUCACUGAAAGAAAAAAAGGGAAUUUUUGUUUGAUUUGCUGAUAAACCUUAAACGUGCAGAGUUCUUUGUUCGGCUGUUUGGUUCUUCGGGAUAAAACUUUGACACGAAGGAUGUGGAUAUUAUUAGUCUACAAAUACCAAAAAAAAUACCUUUUUAAUAUUGCAGACCAGCACAUUUCCUUAACUGGAGCUAAGACGAUAUCAACAUGUCUAAAUAAAAAAAAAAGGAAAUCUUACUUUUAAAAAGGUUUAAGCAUUCGAUUUUUAAAAAAAAUAUUUUGACUUUUGCUGUUCACAGAGUUUAUGCUAAGCUCAUGCUGCCUUCAUGUGCUAUCGGAAUUAUGGUAAACACGACUUGCCGACACACAAACGCCCCCUCAAAUCGUAAUUGCGGCUGGGGAAAGAUUAUUUUGAUUAUCCCAGAGUUGGGGAUGAACCACAACCAGAAGAUGAUAGAUUCAGUAACGGAUGAUUAGUAUUUUUUAACAGUGCAACAAGUAUCAGCUGUUGCUUGUGUACAUACAUUUUAAUCUGUAAUCUAUUUAAACUUCACUCGAUAUAGACCAAUGCUAUUUAUCAUUCUAUCCAUAACAGACGGACUACAGUUUUCUAGUGCGGCCGCAAAGUUAUUACAUCAGCCAUUUCAGAAUUUUUCAAUAAAUCCCUUGAACGUGACAUUGUCGAAUUCGGAUCUUACGACCUGCACAUGAAGGCAGCAUGAGAUAAGCAAAAAAAAAAAAAAAAAAGGUGUAUGAUAUUUUCACAAAAGUGUCAAGUGGUCCUUUAAAUCCUCGGUCUUUAGGCUGCAGGGAACUAAAAGAAAACCCCAAGAGAAAUGAGUAGUUCAGUACAAAAUAAGACUGGGUGAUUUAUUAAUCUCAUCAAGACCAUUAAUACAAAGCAGUUAAAAGGCCACAUACCAUCAAAUAAACCGACUGCUGGAUCAAGCUGUUUACAGUGCCACCGGAGGGGGAAAAAACAAUCUGCUCAUCUGUUGGGGCUUUAAAAAAUAAUAAACAAGGAACAAACAAACAAACAAAAAAAAUAAUAAAAGAACUUGGCAAAAUUGACCCCCAACAAUACUGACUUGGGAAAAACAGGACAGAAAAUCCUGCGACGACAAAGUGAGGAGAGAGGGAUAAAAAAAAGAAAAAGGGCACGAGUGAUUUCCAUUUUUUUUUUUUUUUUAUAAAUCUGCUGAGAUCCAGCUUGUGGUCAUCAGACGUCCUCGGGGGGUUUCUGCCUCUUUACUUUUUGUCAAACAAAACAUGGAGGGGGGCUCGAAGAAGAGGUGGCGGAAACUCCCGUCUUUCCUUGCCCCCGAUCCAACGUAGAAAGUGAGUUUGACGGCUGCACAGGACCGACUCGCAUUUACAAACACGACCUAUGACAACCGCGGCUCGUCAACAGUACAGCCUAAAGUGCACAAAGUGUGUUUCUCAGGAAAAACAAAACAAAAAGCAAAACAAAAAAAACUAAAA